AUGCCCAAUGUUGGCAGACCUUCUCCAGGUUGCAAGACAUAUACUUGGUCCACUAAUCCGCUGUUCCAGUGUGACCAGAAGCGGCCUUCCUGCUCGCAAUGUCUCCGUGCCGGCAAAGAAUGCCAUGGAUACCGCGACGUGGCUUCCCUAAUGUUCAAGAAUGAGAGUCGCGUCGUGGCAAAGAAGGCGGAGCAACGUUACGAAGAGCUUGCCAAAUCAAAAGAACCAAGAACGCCUUUGGGACGUGGAGAACCCAACAGGAUCAGAAGCGUGCAGCGGAUCUAUCCGGUGCAGAGUCCGCCCAAGGCUGAGAUCAUGGCCUUGCAACCCACGCCGAAUAUCGACGCCCAAGCGCAAGGCUUCUUCCUCACCAACUAUGCAGGCGCCGCCGAUUUCCCUCAAGGAGGCCAAUUCGAAUGGAUUCCCCAGCUGCUGUCACGGCCGAAUAUCGAGGGUACGCUUCGUGAGAGCUUCCGCGCCCUAAGUCUAGCAAUCUUCGCCAAUGCAGCGAAGUCCCCUGCCGUCAUGCGAAAAGCGCGUGUCGCAUACGGUUCUGCAUUAGAGGAAACAAACAGAGCGCUCAUGUCGCACGAAGCCGCGGUCAAAGAUAGCACUUUGGUUUCGGUCAUCCUACUUGGCAUGUACGAGGGCACGGUAUACACGGAUAAGAGCUCCAUCGAUAGGUGGUCAAAACACGUCAGCGGUGCUUACACCCUCUUCAUGUUACGCGGCAAGUCGCAGUUCGAGACAGAACUCGGACGGCGAAUAUUCCAGCAGUCAUACGGCGUCGCUCUAUUCUUCACGCUUGAACUAGGGACGGGUAUUCCAAAGCUGUACGACAGCAUCCCCCUGGAAUCAGGAUUCAACGAGCUUGUAAAGAAAUUCAUGAUCGGCAUUCUGCACGUCAUGGACGAAGUCGUCAAACUUGGUCAAGACAAGAGCCGAGAUCCCGUGGAAACAAUCAACCGCGCGAGAAAUCUCAGUCAAGAGCUAGAGGAUAUCAAGGCUCUUUUACCUGCAGCCUGGCAUCCAACAAGGGUUCAUCUUGAUGUACCUUCAGUUCAUUACUGUGGAAACACAUUCAGCAUCUGCCUCUUUCCCGUCAUGGCGCAGUUGUGGAAUUACACCCGGUUUAUUGGAAUUCAAGUGCACGAUGUCAUCAGAGCAAACCUGAUGAGGGUUCGUGAGGAACAAACUUCCCCGCUCUACGACGCUGCCAGUUUGAAAGCAUGCAUACAGCAUGAGGAGAAUGUGCUACGAGCUAACGUUGCUGCAAUCAUUGCCGCAGUACCCCAGACCAUCGGCAUGGUGCCAUCCCCGGUGUUCUCUGCUGCUGGAUUGGCCCCCGAAGAUGAAACAAAAGAUGGACCUAUCAUGAGAGAACCGGGGACAUUUAUCGAUUCAGUCAUCUCACCGAGACUAAUGCAGCUCGUCCAGCCACUGUAUGCAGUGGGUACGUGUCUGCUUAUUUCGCAUCAAAUGCGGCAAUGGGUCAUUGGCAUUCUCCAUUUUGUUGCAUUGAGGAUCGGAUCAAGACAGGCAGUCAUGCUCGCAGCUGAGCUGCAAAGGCUUCAAGAGUCAGUACCGAGUGUAGCACACGGCUGGCAAGACAUAGCCGAGUGGCUCGCGCUGGGUCCUGGGGUGAUAUAG